CUUCCCCCGCCGCGGACACGCUCCUGCUGAACGUUUGUUUCCUUGUUGCUGCCGUAACCGGCCAGAAGAACGCUUCGCGUGCGGGAGGUGGUUUUUUAAAAAUUUUUUGGCUGUUUGUUUCGCCGUGGUCUCCUUGCAAGGCGCAGGUCUGCACCUACCUCCGGGAGGAGGGAAGCUCCGCUGGGGCUUUCGCUCCCUCCGAGGGAAGGGGGCAGUUGGGAGCCCCCCUCCGCCGGCCUGUGUGCGGCUGCACGGAGCUGCAGUCCCUGCCCGAGCUGCUGCUUCACCUGGCCGCGGGCUGCCCAGACCCUCCUGUUGACGGCAGAGAUUCGUAUCCGGCGGAAAAUCGGAUUAAUACAACUAUGCAGAGCUUUGCGGGGAUAUCUGGAGACUACUCUGUCUGCAUGGCUAAUUUUGAAAUUGUCUGAAAAAAAUCCUUCAGCCCAAGGAACAGCAAGAUACUUUCUCCUCAUUUUAGGCGAUGGGAUACAUGCCAGAAAACUCACCCUGCUCCAUAAAAAUCACAGAGGUACCAGUUUCCAUCAUCCUUGUGCUCUGAAAGGUACUCUUUGGCUUGUGUGCUGGUGGAUGAGAUGGAUCAGUCUUCCACCGUGCUGGAAGAUGCGGAUUUACUAAAAUACUGACGCCGAGAAACUUGCUCUCUCUCUGCUGAAGGCAUUGGAUGUGCUAGUGCAGAGAAACAUGUGUUUCCCAUUUCUGACUGGUUGUUUUGGUGCAGUCAAUACCUCCCCAAAAUGCAUUGACUUAGGUGGGGAUUGCAAUAGAGCGGAGCGCUGCUUUCGGCUGGCGGGCAAAGUGAGCACAAAUCCAAGGCGUUCCUGCGGCGUGGGGGCCUCUGGGCCCCCCAGGCCCUGGGGUGCUGGACGAUGCUCCCCCAAAGGGAGCCCAGGGUGCGGAAGGAGCAGUGAGCGACGCGCUGGCAGCAGCCGUGGGCAGCCGAGCCGGACGGGGCCAGCAAUGGUUGGGAGGAAGGAGCAUCGUGAAAUCGCUGCCCGCAGGAAUAGCUGGGCAGACAGCGUGAUGAUAAAGUUAAACUUCUGCUCCUUCGUCUGUCGGGGAUGGUGGGCGUUUCUGUUGCUCCAGCUCCACAUGUUGCAAGCACUGGCACAAGAUGAUGUUGCUCCGUACUUCAAGACGGAACCAGGCUUGCCCCAGAUACACUUGGAAGGAAAUCGCCUUGUGCUGACAUGCCUUGCUGAAGGCAGCUGGCCCUUGGAAUUCAAGUGGUUGCGCAACGGCAGUGAAAUAACUAACUAUUCCACUGAAUAUAAGUACAUCAUCCCAGCUCUGCAGAGGUCCGAUGCUGGUUUUUAUCAGUGUGUUGUACGAAACAGGAUGGGAGCGUUGCUGCAGAGAAGAUCUGAAGUUCAGGUGGCAUAUAUGGGAAACUUUGUGGAUGCAAACCAGAGAAAAACAGUGACUGAAGGACAAGCUGCAGUUUUGGACUUCCUGCACAUAUCCAGCCACCCGAGACCACAAGUGACUUGGUUUAGAGAUGGACACAAGAUUAUACCAAGCAGCAGAAUAGCCAUCACACUGGAGAAUCAGCUGGUGGUCCUUGCGACGUCUGCAGCAGAUGCAGGAGGCUACUAUGCCCAGGCUGUUAAUGAAAAGAAUGGCGAGAACAAGACGAGUCCGUUUAUUCAUCUCAGCAUAGCGAGUGCCGGCGCCGCGUCGGCCGCGGUGGCCGCCGCGAUCGUGGUCCCUCCGCGGAACAGGAGCGUCGUGGCCGGCGGCAGCGGCGUCACCCUGGAGUGCGUGGCCAGCGCCAGACCUGUUGAGAGACUAAGCAUUGCUUGGAAGAGAAAUGGAAUGAAAAUAACCAGUGGAAUUAGCCAUUUUGGGAGACGUCUCACUAUCACCCACCCAACCUCUGCGGAUGCUGGGGUGUACGUCUGUGAAGCAACACUGAGAGACAGCACGGAGGAACCAGCCAGGGCGAAAGCCUUCCUUUCCAUAAUGGAACCACCAUAUUUCACUGCGGAGCCUGAGCGUCGGAUUUUGGCCGAAGCGGAGAAGGACGUGGACAUCCUGUGCCAAGCGAUGGGUGUCCCUGUGCCCACCCUGGUCUGGUAUAAGGACUCCGUUCCUCUUGGCAAGCUGCAAAACCCUCGCUACAAAGUCCUGCUGAGCGGUGGCCUGCGGAUUCACGGGUUGCAGCCUGAAGACUCGGGGAUUUACCAGUGUUUUGCAAGCAAUAAAGCUGGGGAGAUGCAGGCAGACACCUACCUGGAUGUAACUAACAUUAAGCCAGCAUUUAUAAGGCCUCCUGUGGAUACUACUGUUACCGAGGGCAUGACUGCAGUGCUAACCUGUGAAGUUUCAGGGGCUCCCAAACCUGCCAUCUCAUGGAAGAAAGGGAAUCAGAUCUUAGCCAGUGGUUCAGUACAGAUCCCUCGCUUCAUCCUUCUGGAAUCCGGAGGGCUCCAGAUAACACCCGUUUUCCUUCAAGACGCUGGCAAUUACACUUGCUAUGCAGUGAACUCCGAAGGAGCUCUGAAUGCCUUUGUGAUGCUGACUGUGUGGAAUCGGACUGUCAUUGUUCACCCUCCCGAGGACAGCACGGUGAUCAAAGGAACCACCGCCGCUCUGCGCUGCGAGGCCACUCACGAUCCCAGAAUUUCAAUCAGGUAUAUUUGGAAGAAAGACAGUGCUGUCAUAAAUCCAUCCAGCAGUUCCAGGAUUACAGUGGAGAAAGGUGGAACCCUCCUCAUCAGCCAGACGUGGUCGGGUGACAUUGGAGACUAUACUUGCGAGGUCAUCUCUUUUGGAGGAAAUGACUCCAGAAUGGCCCGACUAGAAGUGAUCGAGCUGCCUCAUUCCCCGCAGAACCUUCUGGCCGCCCUGAAUUCCUCGCGCAGCCGCAGCGUGGAGCUUUCCUGGGUUCGUCCCUUUGACGGCAACAGCCCCGUGCUCUACUACAUGGUAGAGCUCUCUGAGAACAAUUCUCCCUGGAAGGUUCACCUCUCGAAUCUCGACCCAAAGAUGACCGGUGUCACUGUGAGUGGACUAACUCCAGCCCGAACCUACCAGUUUAGGGUGUGCGCUGUGAACCAGGUGGGAAAGGGCCAGUACAGCUCGGAGACCAGCAGAUUGAUGCUCCCCGAGGAGCCCCCCAGCGCCCCCCCUAAAAACAUAGUGGCCAGUGGCCGCACUAACCAGUCCAUCAUGGUGCAGUGGCAGCCUCCUCCGGAGAGCGAACACAACGGAGUGCUGUACGGGUACAUCCUGAGGUAUCGCCUGGCAGGGCUCCCUGGGGAAUACCAGUAUAAGAACAUCACCAGUGCCGAAAUUAACUACUGCCUAGUGAAAGACCUCAUCAUUUGGACCCAGUAUGAAAUCCAGGUGGCAUCUUACAAUGGAGCUGGGCUGGGAGCAUUCAGCAGACCUGUGACCGAGUACACUUUACAGGGAGUGCCGACAGCUCCGCCACAAAACGUGCGCGUGGAAGCCGUGAACUCCACCACCAUCCAGUUCCUCUGGAAUCCACCACCCCAGCAGUUCAUCAAUGGCAUCAACCAAGGAUACAAGCUUCUCGCGUGGCCAGUGGAUGCACCAGAGACCCUCACCGUGGUCACCAUUGCUCCGGAUUUCCACGGGGUUCACAGCGGCUGCAUCACCAACCUGAAGAAAUUCACUGCCUACUACACCUCGGUGCUGUGUUUCACCACACCUGGCGAUGGCCCGCGCAGCGCGCCCCAGCUCCUGCGCACCCUGGAAGACAAACCAGGAGCUGUGGGACACCUGAGCUUUACCGAAAUUCUGGACACGUCUCUCAAGGUCAGCUGGCAAGAACCUGUAGAAAAGAACGGCAUCAUUACAGGCUACCAGAUCUCCUGGGAGGUGUAUGGCAGGAAUGAAACCCGCCUUGCCCGCGCAUUAAGCAACACGACUCUCGAGUACAAGAUUACGGGGCUCUCAUCUCUCACCACCUACACGAUAGAGGUGGCAGCUGUGACCGCCAAAGGGAGCGGAUGGGUCACUUCCUCCACCAUCUCGUCUGGUGUGCCCCCAGAGCUCCCAGGCGCUCCAUCCAACUUGGUCAUUUCCAACAUCAGUCCUCGCUCAGCUACACUUCAGUUCCGGCCAGGGUACGACGGCAAAACCUCCAUCUCCAAGUGGAUAGUUGAAGGCCAGGUUGGUGUUCUGGGUGAUGAAGAAGAGUGGGUGAAUCUCCAUGAGGUGGAGAAUGAACCUGAUGCUCAGAUGCUGGAGAUACCAAACCUCAUUCCUUACACACAUUACAGGUUCCGCAUGCGGCAGGUGAACGUGGCGGGCGCCAGCCCCCUCAGCCAGCCGUCCCGCGUCAUCCGGACGCUGCAGGCGCCGCCGGACGCAGCCCCCGGCAGCGCCAGCGUGCGCACGGCCAGCGAGACCAGCCUGCGGAUGCGCUGGGUGCCCCUUCCCGACACGCAGUAUAACGGCAAUCCCGAGUCAGUGGGCUACAGGAUAAAGUUUUGGCGAGUGGACCUGCAGUCUUCGCCACUGAUGAAGGUUAUUAAUGACCGUCUGGAGAGAGAGUACACGAUUGAAGAUCUGGAGGAAUGGACAGAAUAUGAACUGCAAAUCCAGGCCUUCAAUGCCAUUGGGGCAGGACCGUGGAGUGAAGUAGUGCGAGGUCGUACUCGGGAGUCCGUUCCCUCUGCUCCUCCUGCGAAUGUGUCUGCUGAAGCGGUGAGCUCGACCCAGAUCCUCCUGACGUGGGCCACGGUCCCCGAGCCGGAGCAGAACGGGCUCAUCCUGGGCUAUAAGAUCCUUUUUAAGGCAAGAGAUUUAGAUUCUGAACCAAAGAGCCAAGUGGUAAGAGGCAACCACACUCAGUCCUUCCUGCUGUCCGGCCUGAGGAAAUUCGUGCUCUAUGAGAUCCAGGUGUUGGCGUUCACACGUAUUGGAGAUGGAGUCCCCAGCUUUCCUGCAGUUAUAGAAAGAACCAAGGAUGAUGCCCCUGGGCCGCCCGUGAGGCUGGUGUUCCCCGAGGUGAGGCUGACGUCCGUGCGGAUCGUCUGGCAGCCGCCGGAGGAGCCCAACGGCAUCAUCCUGGGGUAUCAGAUCGCCUACCGCCUGGCCAGCAGCAGCCCCAACAAGUUCACCACGGUGGAGGUUGGCUCCACAGUGCGGCAGUUCACGGCCACAGACCUCAGCCCUGAGUCCGCCUACAUCUUCCGGACCUCAGCCAAGACCCGGCAGGGCUGGGGGGAGCCGCUGGAAGCCACGGUGAUCACUACAGAGAAACGAGAACGACCAGCACCUCCUCGGCAGCUGACGACCCCCCAGUCUGAUGUGUCGUCGCGGAGCCUGCAGCUCAAGUGGCUCCCUGGAAGCGAUGGCUCUUCCCCAAUACGGUACUUCACGGUACAAGUGCGAGAACUGCCAAGUGGAGAGUGGCAAACCUACUCCUCGUCCAUCAGCCAUGAGGCUACGUCUUGCAUUAUUGAAAGCUUGAACCCAUUCACCUCUUACAAACUGCGAGUGAAGGCAACGAAUGAUAUUGGAGACAGUGACUUCAGCGCGGAGACCGAAGCCGUCACAACUCUGCAGGAUGUUCCAAGUGAACCACCCAGUUCUGUGUUAGUAACUCCCCACACUACUUCAUCGGUCCUUGUGCAAUGGCAGCCCCCGAAGGUCGAGAGCCUGAACGGCUUGCUCCUGGGCUACCGGAUCUACUAUCGGGAGCUGGAUUAUGACGCUGGAUCUGGAGCAGAAUCCAAAACCAUCAAGAAUCCUUCAGCUUUACGAGCAGAGCUCACACCCCAAAGCAGCUUCAAGACAGUGAACAGCAGCUCUGCAUUAACGACGUAUGAAUUAACACAGUUGAAGAAAUACAAAAGAUACGAAGUUUUAAUGACGGCAUAUAAUAUAGUUGGUGAGAGCCCUACCAGCACACCAGUGGAAGUGUUUGUGGGCGAAGCAGCACCGGCAAUGGCUCCACAGAACGUCCAAGUCAACUCCCUUUCUGCAAGUCAGCUGGAGCUCACCUGGGACCCCCCUCCUGUCGACAGCCAAAAUGGGAACAUACAGGGCUACAAGAUUUAUUACUGGGAGAGCGACAUCCAAAACGACACGGAGAAAGUGAAGGUCCUUUUCCUGCCAGAGACAACAGUCCGGCUCAAAAACCUGACCAGCCACACGCGCUACCUGGUCUGCAUCUCUGCUUUCAACGCAGCCGGGGACGGCCCCAGGAGCAGCCCCUCGCAGGGCAGGACGUUUCAGGCUGCACCCAGCGCUCCCAGCUUCUUGGCCUUCUCGGAAAUCACUUGCACAACCCUCAACGUGUCUUGGGGCGAGCCGGCAGCAGCAAAUGGAGUCCUGCAGGGCUAUCGAGUAGUCUACGAGCCUUUGGCACCAGUCCAGGGGGUGAGCAAGGUGGUGACCGUGGACAUAAAAGGAAAUUGGCAGCGCUGGUUGAAGGUCCGAGAUCUCACCAAGGGCAUGACCUAUUUAUUCCGUGUGCAAGCCAGAACCAUCGCCUAUGGACCUGAACUGCAAGCCAAUGUCACAGCUGGGCCAGCAGAAGGAUCUCCUGGCUCGCCUCAGGAAAUUCUGGUGACCAAAUCUGCUUCUGGGCUGACACUGCAGUGGACCGAGGGAGAUUCAGGAGAAAAACCUACAACCGGCUACAUUAUAGAGGCCCGGCCCUCAGAUGAGGGACUGUGGGAUAUGUUUGUGAAGGAUAUUCCUCGCAGUGCUACCUCCUACACAGUCAGCCUGGACAAGCUGAAACAGGGGGUGACCUACGAAUUUCGAGUGGUGGCUGUUAAUGAAUUCGGCUAUGGAGAGCCAAGUGUCCCUUCUGUGGCAGUAUCAGCACAGACAGAAGCCCCUUUUUAUGAGGAGUGGUGGUUUCUCCUGGUGAUAGCCCUCUCUAGUCUGAUCCUCAUCUUGUUAGUGGUGUUUGCAUUGGUCCUGCAUGGGCAGAGCAAGAGGUACAAGAACUGCGGCACAGGUAAAACCAUCUCCAACAUGGAAGAGUCAGUCACCCUGGAUAACGGAGGCUUCACUGCCCUGGAACUCAAUAGCAGGCACCUAAACAUCAAGAGCACCUUCUCAAAGAAAAAUGGAACGAGGUCUCCUCCUCGGCCAAGCCCUGGGGGGCUGCACUAUUCCGAUGAGGAUAUCUGCAACAAGUACAACGGAGCCGUGCUGAGCGAGGGCUUAGGCCUCAGUGAGAAGCCCUUGGAAGUAUCGGAGUCAGAGGCCACUGACUCGGAUUACGAAGACGAGCUGCCCAAACACUCCUUCGUGAACCACUACAUGAGCGACCCCACGUACUACAACUCGUGGAAGCGCCAGCAGAAAGGGGUGAAGCACCCAGCGUCCUACCGGUACGAGGAGUGCGCGGCGAGCGAGGCGGAACCCUAUUUCCAGACUGUCAUCACGACACAGAGCUCAGGAGGGGUGUACACCCCGACGGGACAGCCCGCGCCCGGCUCCCGGACUCCAGUGACAGGGUUCUCAUCCUUCGUGUGACGCCGGCGCGGCGGCACCGGAGCGCGGAGGGACCCGUCGCAGUGACUGUGUGCGUGUGACCCGUGCGGUGAACUGUGUGGGUAACUUCUCUAUCAGGGUAGAAUGGAUGGGAACACCAACGAGGCUA